GUACGAAACACAGCCCAGGCCGAUCCCAUCACCGCUCAUUACUCGACUUCAAAAGAUCGCAUCCUCGCUCCGCGACCGAUCACCUAUCACAUUUAUCUGCCCCUCCAAAAGUCCACACACUCACCCUCUCGUUCGGCCUCGCAUUCGUCUCCCUCCUCAUCCUCCCACUCUUCGUCCCGCUCUUCACGACGUUCGAGUACUCGCUCAGAAAGUUCCAUCAUAUUCUAUCCAAAGGAGUACUAUCAACCCAUGACGAUUGACGGCUUCGACCAGGACAGGGACGAGAAUUCUAUGACGACUAUUAUAGAACCAGGUAUCGCGCCCACAGAGCCUCUACUUUCAUUACCGACCACAUCUUCCAUGACACCCCAAUCAGUCUCAUCCAGCGAACCACCUCCCGAGCCCCAGCUAUUACCCUCUCCAGGACCGUACUCGGAGAGUCCUCCUCCUCGUCUAAACGACCGUUCCUCAACGCUCUCUGGACCAACAGCACAUAGCCCUCCAAGUAUGUUGAAUGUUGUCCUGGCAGCAGGUAACGACGUUUCCUCACACCUUGCCCCGUCUAUAACAAUCGUAUCAUCACAGCUCGUUACUGGAGCACCUCUCACUUCUAGAACAGAUGGCGUCAAUUCAAGCUCUCGCUCCAGCUCCGGUUGUGACUCCGGCGCUGCCGCUAUUGCUGCGGGGAGUCAACCUGCGCGUCGGUCUUUCCGUCAGCGACUGAAGGAUAAGCUCUCAAAAUUCCAGAAAAAGAAGUAGAAAGGUCCAGAGAACUGAAGAGCAAAGACGAGUAUAAACGCCACUUGCACAAGCU